GACAAAAAUAAUUGUUGCUUCUCUUACUCCUCCACAACCUUGCACUGUUGCUCUCUCUCUCUCUCUCUCUCUCUCUCUCACCAAAUAAAAUCUCCACCGUUCAACGUUCCUCUAUUUUUAUCCCCAUUGCCAUUAUAGCAGACACAUUACAAUCUCCCUGUCUGAUCUCAUCAAGAGGAAAAAUGCCCACCAUCUUCUGGAAGAACAUUCUCAAAUGCUUACCCACCAUAACCCCGUCCUCACAUCCAUUGCCCCCCUCAGAGUUGCAAGAGUAUAGUGAUCCAUUACUACCAUCCGCUACCGCCGCCGCCCCCACCACAUCAAUAAUGAUCAAGAACUUCAACUCCCUCUAUGACCUCUCCUCAGCAUCCACCUCCAAAUCCCUCAGUACUCCCUCCACCAACUCCUCCUCCUCAUCUUACUCCGAUCCUGACACCGACUCGACGCCUGAUUUUGCCACCAUUAUCGCCUCCCAACGUUUCUUCUCCUCCUCCCCUGGCCGCUCCAACUCCAUCAUUGAGUCCAUGCAAGAGCUUCAUACCCCAGUCAGUGGAGGUGUUGCCAUUAAAAAGUAUUCACUAGAUCCUUAUAUAGAUUUUAAAAACUCAAUGCAAGAGAUGAUUGAAGCAAGAGAGAUAAGGGACGUUAGGGCUAAUUGGGACUACUUGCAUGAGUUGAUCUCUUGCUAUCUUAAAUUAAACCCUAAAAACACCCACAAGUUUAUCAUUAGUGCUUUCGCUGAUAUAAUUGUUUGCCUAUUGUCUUCGCCCUCGCCGGAACCCGACACCCACUGGAAACCUGAAGGCCUUCAAUAACACAAGGUUUCACGUUUAUUGGUGUGAGGUCAAUUAUGUACUGUGUACAUCUUUUAAAUUUUGUUUUGUUAUUUUAAAAGAGGGGCAUAUGUGAUGUAUGUUAGUGGUGGUACGUUUUUUCGUUGUUUUGUGGAAUCACUUUGUAUUUGGUGAGGAGGGAUCGAUGUUAUCAUGCAUGAAGACACAGUAAAGGUCAUUUGUAAUGGAGGCAAAGUAAAUUAUAAAUAAUUUGGAAACCAA